AUGGCAACGGCUAUGUCAGCAAAUUGUUUGAUUUCACCGGAACCAUUAUUAGAACAAUUCAAUUGCCCAAUAUGUCUAAAUAUAAUGAAAGAUGUUUGGGUAACAACAUGUUUUCAUCGUUUUUGUGAAGAUUGUAUUAAAGAGUCUAUUAACACAAAUCAUCGAUGCCCAUUGUGUAAUAAAGAUUUACAACAAGAUAAUAUUCAACAAGCUAUUGACAAAGCCAUUCAGAAUGCUGAAGGAGAAAAAGCGAAAUCAUUUGCCAAUCAAAUUGUUACUCAAAUAGGCGAUAAUUCUGUACGAACAAUUCUUGAAGAACUUUUUCGUGAUACACUUGUAACUUCAUUGGCAAAUCAUUUAACAAGUGAAAAUGAUAUGCGAAGUCGAUAUAAACGUAAAAAAGGUGAAAUUGAAUCAGCAUAUAAUCAAGCCUUAGUUGAACUUCAAGAAAGAAAAUUACCAAAAGAACAAUAUAAAAGAGAACUUGAUGAAAAAACUGCUCAAUUUCGUCAAGAAAUCAAUUCACUCGAUGAAGAAAUUCGUAAUGUUCAAAUACUUUUUAUUCAAGCAUAUAAAAAUCAUCUUGAAGAGCAUGUAUCAAAUUUUGGUGCUGUUUCAACACAAGUUCGAGUGACAUUGUGGAAAGGAGAUGAUUUAUAUACUAAUAAAGACAAACAAUUUCCAAUAAAAUUAAUGCGUCCUGAAGAUAGAAUGGAAGUAUUGUUACCAGUAUUAGAUGAACUUGUAGAAUUACGUAAUGAUAAAAUAGCAAAUCUUGGUAAUACGAUAUUCUUCACUUGUAUUAAUCCAUUUGAGGAUCUAUCUGCACAAUCAGUAAUCAGACGACUUACAAAAAUGGAUACAGAUGAUAAUGAUGAUACUAUGCUAACUGUGUCACGUAAUUGUCGACCCGUUCUAGAACAUAAAUUAUUAAGAGGAACACUUGUUGUUAUUCAUGGUGAAAUUAUGUUAGAUAGUGAAGUACCAAAACAAUGUUUUAUACAAGUUUAUAAUGAACAUCCACAACAAGAACAUCUAGUCGAUUAUUUUGAAUGUAAACAAUGUUUAAGAAAUGGACAACCAUUAAGAUGGAUUUGUAAAUCUUGUGCAUCUGUUUGUCAUAAAAAUCAUGGUGUAACUCCAUUAAUAUUUAAAAACAAAGCUAAUGGACCAAAAUGUGAUUGUCGAAAAAAGAAUUGUCAUAUAUAUCCACGAAAUUAA